UAAAUCAAAAUACGAUAAAAAAAGAAACAAGUGAAUAAAAUCUGUGAUCUAAACAGUGAUAUUGACAGUCUACAAUGGGUAACUGGAAACUAAAAUACCAACAAUGGCAGGCAGCUUUUAACUUUGGUAACAAUCUCUAAAUGUAGUAACCAACCAACCAAAGACUGCUGCAAACGAUGACAAAAACCCAACAACUAUUUAUCAAUAUAAUAUAAAUGACAUUAACGGCAAUGAUUACUAACUACUGCACUUCGGCGGCGUUCAAAUUGUUACUUUAGUUAAACAACUAUGAUGACCAACAUUUAUAAGAUUGGCUACGGAAAUGAUAUUAUCAUCGCAAAUGUAUGUAUGAGUCAUAAGUCCAAAAAGAAAAUUCCGUGACUUGAGUCUUUGGGUAGUUCAAUCGCGGCCUUUCCCAUUUUUAAUGAUCAAUAACUAAAGAUGAUCCACCAAUCAUCCCCGAAUAUAGAAUGUAAUCGAUUGUGUUAAUUUCUUGCCAUAGUAGUUCUAUUUUGGAAUGACAAUCAACAUGAGUUAAACCCAACGAAUACCUCGAUGGAGGCAAUCACUCGGUACAGACAAUAUAUAGAAGUUUUCUCAAAACGCAAUCGCGGGUACAAAUUAUUUGGUUAAAAACUGUAAGAUCCAGCACCAACAAUAAAAAAUUUUACCGGCCGAAUAGUAUUGCUGCUAGUACGUUCCAGAAUUUGUUCAAGGUUUUGCAAUGUUUUCCAGAACCGUUUACAUCGCAUGAAAACACAAUUAAGAGUGUUAAGAGUUGUUGUUGCUCCGGACUGGAUCGAUUGCGCUCCAGAGAAUCUGUUAACUCUGGUACUCCGAUUUAUGGAAAGAAUGAGAGGUACUUUACUGUCCGAACAAGUUGAUGAUUGCUCUUUCUGUGUCCUAAAUGAUGAUUUCACCAGAUAUGUAUUUAUAUCAAUAGCGUGUCAGCAUUAUAAUCAAUUAACCAACCAGAUCAAAAUCCAAAAGCGUCCAUUAAAAAUCCCAAAACAAUGCAUUUCCAAAGCAAUAUAUCACUGCUACAACUUUUCAUAACGCUCAUAGUUGGAGUUGCCAUUGGUUUUACAUUUUCCCAGCUCUUAAAUACAACUCAACACGAUAACCUAAUGAUAACGACCUCAAUGAAAUCAAAUCAAAAUUUAUGCAAAGAUCAUGAAAUACUACAAUCAUUAUCGAGUAUAGAUUCUGAAGAAAUCAUUAAGCCGUUGGAAAUUUAUGAAGAAUCUAAGGAAGAAAUCAAAAAGCUUUUAACAAAUACAGCAAUAACCAAUGAUCUUGAUACAGAGAUAGCGGAUCGUUUGUUUAAAGAAGUUAAAGUGCUGUGUUGGGUUUUGACUGGACCUCAAAAUCAUGAAAAGAAAGCUAUACAUGUUAAAAAUACUUGGGGCUCUAGGUGUAAUAAGUUACUUUUUAUGAGCUCAAAGGAGGAUAAAGCAUUAGGAGCAAUUGAUCUGAAGGCGGGUGAAGGACGCGGUAAUUUAUGGAAUAAAACUCGAGAGGCCUUUAAAUAUGUCUACGAUCAUCAUGUUAAUGAAUACGAUUGGUUUUUGAAAGCUGAUGAUGAUACUUACGUUAUAAUGGAAAAUCUAAGAGCUUUUCUAUAUAGCAUGUCACCAAAUGCUGCGGUAUAUUUCGGCAGUAAAUUUAAGCCACAUGUUAGACAGGGCUAUAUGUCUGGAGGUGCUGGUUAUGUAUUAAGUAAAGAAGCCUUACGACUAUUUGCCGAACAUGCUUAUCCGAAUCGUGUUUUAUGUCGUCAAACUCCAGGCGGUUCAGAAGAUAAAGAAAUGGGUACUUGUUUGCAAAAUGUUGGUGUCGUAGCCGGUGAUUCACGUGAUGAGCUUAAGCGAGGACGCUUUUUCCCCACCAGUUUGUAUAGUCACAUUAUACCAAAACCCAAAUCCAGUUGGUAUUGGCGUUAUAUAUUCUAUGCUACCGAAGAUGGUCUCAAUUGCUGUUCUGAUUACUCUAUAUCAUUUCAUUAUGUUCAACCCAACUAUAUGUAUGUCAUGGAUUUCCUAGUUUAUAAAUUAAGACCUUAUGGUAUAGUGCCUAAAGAUAUUGAUAUGCCCAAGAAAAGGAAUAUGAGUGUUUUAUUGGAUAAAUGGCGUAAUGAAAUAUCGGAUAAUCCACUGUAGUCCAUUAAGUUAGUAACACUAAUGCCAAGUCAUAGAAUUUAGAAUUAUUUAUUUAUUUUUGUUACAAUUUUAAAGCAUAUUGUGAUUUAAUAAGUUUUAUAAGCUAUAGUUAUAGAUUUAAAUAAAACUAUAUUAGUUAUGAUUUAAAUUAUAUAUAAACCAAUUCCAACUCUGGAUUUACGACUGU